AGAACAUAAAAGCCCAUGCUGGUGAACAGAAGUAUUCUAAUUACACUGCGGAAUGUUACUACUGAUUCUGUGCACCUUGUUGCUGUGGAAGGAGGCCUCCUCUGACACAACCGUCACAAUCUACAACGAGUGGCUCGCCCAAGGUGGACGGGUCCAUUAUGAACCUGAGAGAUGGAACAAGAUUAAUGGGCUCACUCAAACGAACCUAAUUCCUAAAUGUAAAUCUAUCGGAACGGCUCCCGGGCGUUGGGUGAACAGAGACCUGAGGGAUGCUCUCUUUGCAAAUUGGCCCCAAAGCCCUAGUCACCCUGGUUACCCCGACCCCACCUAUCUCCAGAACCAUACAUUCCAGUCAAAGACAUGGGCGUCCUAUAUGCUACAACUGGAUGGCUAUGGGAGCGGCAUCGACAACAUGGUCUGGAACAUACAAGGUUUGAGCUGGCCCAACUGGAUGAAUAAGUCUCUUCAUCAAGGUAAAUUCCCCAACAACGUUGACGCUGCGUCAGAGUUUGUGUCACUUAUGGUUCAGAAUGCCAAGAACUACACAGGCGAACGUAUUCCCCACAUAUUUGAAGUCAUCAAUGAACCCGAUUGGGUGGAGAAGAUUAUUGACCCACAAACGAAUAUAGACUUCCAUAAGGCCGUCGCCGACAAGCUGAAAUCAAGAGUUGGAAUAAAAGUUGCCGGACCAACUUUCACAAGUAUGGCCUUACGACGAGCAGACGAAAAUAACUUCGCCUUCUGGAAGAAAACUGCUAAGUUCCUGGACAUGUCUCUUGAUCACUUGGACUUUUUCUCUUUCCACUCCUACAACUAUCUGCGUGUAUCGGGUGGAAGUUACACUUAUUUUGGCAUCAAUGAGGCUCGUCUGUUUGCUUCUAUUGACAUGGUGGAGAAUUACUCUCAUCUCAAGAAAGGGAAAGAUGUUCAGUUAGUUAACACUGAAUUUGGAAGAGGUACCGUGUUCGGAGUUGGCCCCGAUGUUGAAAAUGGAAUGAUAGAGUUCGAAACCAUUUAUCAACCAAACGGCUUCAUGUUUACUUUCCUUAACAUGAGAGAGUUUAUAGACAGAGUUACAGUGUUUUUCCUCUCAAAUGAGCAAUACCCGGGUCAUAGUUCCCUUCGAAAUUCCUUAUUUACCAUCGAUGGUCAUGUCCUUCAACCAACCAAAUUCUUCCUGUUUUGGCAAAACUUUACUAUUGAUCAAAAGUUUCUCCGGGUGUCAAGUGAAUACAGUGGACAGGAGAGAGUAGUUGCACCUCUUGCCCUUGCAAACCCUCACACCAAAGAGAUGGUAGUUCUUCUCCACAACUAUGGCAGUACAUUUGAGAAUGUAACACUUGACUUUCCCUACAGUUGGAUCAACCCUUCUGAAGGUGAAGAAACAUGCGUUCUCUUCGCAAAUGGUCAACCAAUUCUGAAUGUUGAUUCCCAUUUCAACAUGUCUGCGGUUCAUGGCACCGUCGGUCUCCCUGGAUCCUCAACCUGCUUCUACAAGUUUAAGACCAACUACAACUUUGACGGAAUACUCACUGACAACCAGAACACAUACUAUGGCAAGGACAUGGUGAUCCCUAUCAGCAACGGACAUGCACAGACCACAAUCAAUCUACCCAGCUCUGGCUACAAUACAUCUAGUCUUAGAGUGGGAGUGAGCCGAGACAAGAAGACCAAUGCAGAACCCAAUGUAGUUGCGUUCAAUGGCCAGACGCUAUCUUCAAGCUACAUGUUGUUCGAUGCUAUGAAGAAUGGGGGGAAAACAAAAUGGAACGUGUGGGAGUUCAUGGUCCCAGAAUCACAGGUCAAAACAACAAACACCGUCAGCAUGACCUUUGAUGGAGACGGUGGCGUCGUGACAACCGUUGCACUCGUUGUUGGAAAACUUCAGUAAAUAAAAAUUUCAUUAAGAAUUUUGAUUCAAA